AUGUCAACCAAAAAGUUGAGCAAAGGUCGUCAAAAGAUCGACAUGGUGAAAAUAAAAAAUGAGAGCUAUUUACAAGUAACUUUCUCAAAACGUCGUGCUGGUCUUUUUAAAAAAGCCAGCGAGUUUUGUUCUUUAACAGGCUCAGAAGCUGCAAUUGUGGUAUUUUCUCCGGGCGACAAAGCUUACUCAUUCGGAUGUCCGGGUGUGAGUGAAGUCAUAGAAAAGUAUGAAAAUGAAACAUCACAUCUUGUCAAUAGUUCAAGUACAGUAGAAGAGGUGCAUCAUAGGGCUAAUAUAAUAAGGGUCAAUAAUGAGUUUGAGGCACUACAAGCUCAGUUAGACGAUGCUAAGAAAAGGAGCGACAAACUUGCAGAAAUUGUAGAAGCCACUUCAAAGCGUUAUUGGUGGCAAGUCCCUAUUAAUGAGCUUAAUAUAGAACAACUGGAGUGCUUGAAAUUCGCCUAUGACGAGUUAGACAAGAAAGUUCAACUUCGGGCAAUAGUUGCUGGACUUUUUACAGAUUCGAUUUCUUUUGAUAAUCAAAAUGCAUCUGGAUUUGGUAGAGCUAAUGGUUUGCAAUCUGAUAAAUUCUUCAACAACGAUGAAUAG